AUGCCUUUGUCCUAUCAUGGUCAGAGUGACUCGUCGUCCGCGGACUUGUUGAAGCAGGGUAAGUCUGUUUCUCACCUGGUGGAAGAAACGGCACUUGUGGACCACUUGGGGUUUGAUUCAAUAACCUGCACAGGAUGCGUCACACCAUGCUGCUCCAUUGUUUUCGAGAACGAUGGGGAGGGCGAAGUUCAUGUGAAGCGUGAAACCGGGGUUACAAAUGCCCACGCGUAUACGGAUACGGUGGCCACUGCGGUCUCUUCCACUAGGGAGACAACGCUCAUUAUGGGCGAAGAGAGUCUGGAAGAAGAGUUCGAGGCGGCGACGCAGAACCACGUCAGGCCCAGUGAGGAUGGAAAUGACAAGGACGAUGCACUGCGGCCCGCCUCUCCAUUUGUGGUUUUAUGCUACGGGGAGCGUGGCUGUAAGCUCACAAGUAGUGGGACGGUUGACGUUAGCGUCAUCGAGUUGGAGACUGAGCUUGAAAAUGUAAGGAGAAAACUCACUGUAGUACGGAUGGAAGAGGAAAAACGGCGACGAAAACUCUAUGAGGCUUGGAUGCUGGAAGCGCAAGUUCAAACUGCGGUACCUUUUAGUCCGCCCCCAACGUUGAGAGAGGAAGAGAGCCAAAGUCAGAAUUCCGCAUCGACAGACGAUGACGUGGUUACGUCUAGGACACAAUUCUCAGAUGCAGCUUCCAAUGUUACCUAUAAUGUGGAAUCCAUACACAAAGAAAUUCCCACAGCAUCGUCCGAUGUUGAGGAGGGGGUACAAGAGAGAGAGGUUGACGCAGGAAAAGAGCCUCUUGUAGGACGCUUGUCUGGCGGUUAUGAAGACGAAAUGGUGUCUCUCUUAAGUGGCAAAAAGUCUCAGAUAAAAAGGAGCGCUAGGGGUGUGGAUUCUGCUGAAGUAGGUAUAAACUGUUCCAGCUUGCGAAGUGAGAACAGCUUACUGGUGUCUUCAACUGUCGAUCGACGACUCGAAUCUGCUUCCAAAGCAGGAAAGAGGUGGUCGAGGGGAAAACGUGCCAAAAAAAUAAAAUCUACUGAUGUUACCGCUACUGCGAAGGAUGAUGGUGCCGUUGCUGUUGGAGAUGAGGAUAGUGGUGAAGCAACCUGCCCAGCAACUAGUGAGGACAGCGGAGGCGGCAAGGUACGGAGGGAUCGUGAUGAGGAAAUAGUGUCUGCGCGCUACUCUUUUAGGUUGAUGCAAACAGGUAGUGGGGGGAUGGUGGAAUUUGUUUUUGACGACAAUGACGCUUCCAAACGCAUCAAAUUUCAUGAGGCUGAGACCGCACUGAUGCUAGCAGAGCAGCGCAUCCUUUUGCAGAUAGAGACUCUUCAAUACAAUCGUCUAAAAACCGGUAAACACUACUGGCAGAGCAAUGAGUCUGCGAGUCAUUGUACCCGUUGUGGCAAACUUUUUUCCAUCACGGUGCGAAGGCAUCACUGUCGUCGUUGCGGUAUUCUUUUAUGUAAUGACUGUUGUUCACAGGUGGGGCGUGACAUGUACGCGCCUCAAUCUGAAGUGGGGGGUAGGCUGGAGGAAGAAGAUCUGCUUUUCGUUAAUGAAAACGAAGCGAGUCAGAACACGGCUGAUGGUGAACGAGCUAGUAUUCCCAGGAAUGAAUAUGAAUGGAUGUUUGACACGUACGAUCUCACAUAUGGCACGAACUGGAAUCCAGAAGGGGACGAUGACGACAAAACUGCCUCCCAGCGUUCUAAAGUCGUGGCUUCUCAUGCUGCUCAGGGAUCGGGGUGUGGACGUGGUGGGCUCAAGGUGCGCACUGCCCCAUGGUGUCGUAUUUGCAACUGUUGUUACCUUAUCUGCCUUCGUGCCCGCAUUGAGCAGAAUUACAGCGGCGUCCUCAGUGACGGUAGACGCCGCUUCCAUGUGUUGCGGGACGAUGAACAGGCCCUUACAAAUAUGAAUAUGACGUGGGAGGCACGCAUCGCGCAAUUGGAUGUGUUGAGGCAUCUUGUCGUGGAACGCACCACUAGUGCUGCACAGGGGCGGAUUGAUCACAUUGCCAACUUCUUCAAAGAGUGGGUGCGCAGCUUGGGGCGCGGCGCAGAGAAACCCUCCAUUGAAAGCGACAGUGGCCGCAGUAGCUGCGGCAGCAGAAGCAGAUGA